AUGAUCGGAGGCUCUCUCCGGCACGCCGCUCGCCGUCUGCGCGCUCCUGCGCUGGCCGUUGCCGGCUGCGCCGCUGGGACCAGCCUCUACCUCCGUGGCGCCGACGAGGAGUUUCGGCACGUGAGCGAGUCAGAGCUGCCGACCACGUACGACCCUGAGGCGUUUGCUGCCGUGUGGAGCGCGCACCCUCGCUGCUGCCUGGCGCGGCUGCGAGAGAUCGUCGCUCGCGUCGCGCCGCUCGCUGCGGUGGUGCUUCGCGACUCGCUGCGCGGCGGAGUUCCGGGCGAGUCCGAGGCGGAGCGGGACGCUCGGUACGCGCUGCGAGCUCGCGAGCUGCGUGGCUGCCUGACCGACCUCGGACCAACCUUCAUCAAGGCCGGCCAGGCGCUCUCCAUCCGGCCGGACGUGCUGCCGCCUCCGGCCGUCUACGAGCUGCAAAAGCUCUGCGACGCGGUGCCCUCUUACCCGACGGCGGCGGCGCUCGCUCUCAUCGAGGCGGAGCUGGGCGCUCCUGCGUCGAGCCUCUUCGAGCUCGACGCGUCGUCGGAGCCCAUCGCAGCGGCCUCGCUCGGGCAGGUAUACCGCUGCAGGCUGCGCGAGGGCGGCGCGGAGGUGGCGCUGAAGGUGCAGCGGCCCGACAUGAUCCGCGCCGUCUCGCUCGACCUCUACCUGCUGCGCCGGUACUGCCUCUUUGUGGAGUGGUUCAAGGUGCGAGUCCUGACCAACUUGCUCGGCGCCGCCGAACGCACGCCGUUUGACGUGGCGCUGCUCGACACAUUCGCACGCGCCUCGUACCUCGAGCUUGACUAUCGGCACGAGGCGGCCAACUUGGAGCGGUUUCGGACGGAGCUGCUCCCGCGGCUCGGCAGCAGUGUCUACGUGCCACGCAGCUACCCUGCCGUCACCACGCGCAAGGUGCUCGCCACCGAGUGGAUCGAGGGCGAGCAGCUGGCCAGGUCGCCGCCGGAGGUCAUCAACCGGCUCAUCGCGACGGGCGUGGACUGCUUCAUCUCUCAGCUGCUAGAUGUCGGAUUCUUCCACUCCGAUCCGCACCCCGGCGACCCACCCCCUACCCCCACGCUGCCAAUUAGGCACCUGACCUCCGCGAUCGUCAACCUGAUGCGCGGCGAUGUCGAGGGACUCGUCAACGACGCGAGCACGCUGCGUUCCCUCGGCUCUGCGAUCACGCUGCGCUUCUUACCGCCGGACGUGGACAGGGAGGCGCUGCUGCCGCCGCUGCGGCGCGUGUUUGAGCAGGGGCGCCUCGCCGCGGCCACCCAGGCGAGCGAGAGUCUCGGCGGCGGCGGGCGGCGGCGCGGCGGCGGGCGGGCGGCGCAGUACAGUGCGGCGGCGUACCCCCUCGCGGCGCAGCACGCGGCGCGCCUAUUCGGCGCGAAGCAGCUCGCCAGCAUGCUCGGCGAGGCGAAGGCUGCCGAGCGCAGCUGGCGCGCCCUGCUGCGGCGCGAGUCUCGGCAACCGCGCGGCCAGCUGCCGUCGGUGGAGGUGUUGUGA